AUGGAUGAUAAAUUAAAAGAAAGAUUAAAAGAGUUGAUAAGAAACCCUGACAAUUCAACAUGUGCUGAUUGUGGAUCACCAGAUCCACAAUGGGCAAGUGUCAAUUUAACAGUAUUUGUUUGUAUAGUUUGUGCUGGUGUACAUAGAUCAUUGGGUGUUCAUAUAAGUCGUGUUAAAUCGGUUAAUCUCGACUCGUGGAAAGAAACUGAAGUGGCAGGAAUGGAACAAACAAAUAAUAUCAAAGAGAAUAGAAACAAAUGGGAAGCUACUCUUCCACAAGAUUUUAUUAAACCUUCAUUUGGUGAUUCAAUAGGAUUAAAAGAACAAUGGAUUAUAGUUAAAUAUAUGAACAAAGCAUUUACACCUUUUGAUUAUGUAGAUUCAACAUUAAAGAGAAUAAAUUUGGAUACAAAAGAAGGAUGGAUAGUUAAAAAAGGAGAUGUAGUAAAGAGUUGGAAAAAGAGAUGGUUACGAUUGAUAGAUUCAGAGAGUUUACAAUAUUUUAAGACACCAUAUGACACCAAACCAUGCGGAACUAUACAUUUACGAGACAGCGGACAAGUCGACUCGGUGUCUGAAGUUGACAGCAAACCAUUUUGUUUUAUCAUUUCUACACCCAAACGAAGAUACCUCAUCAGUUGUAGCACUGGCGAGGAAAUGUUUAAAUGGAUCCAACUGAUUCGUUUCUCUGUACACAAAUUAAAUAAUAGUAAUAAUAGUAUUGGAAAUUAUAAUAAUUUAUUAAAUAAUAAUAGUAAUGGUAAUAAUAUUAGUAGUAAUGGAAGUCAUGAUAGUUAA